CUUCGGGUGGCAACGCGACGAGACCGGCGCUGUGAAGGCACCGUUAAAGAUCUCGAAUUAUAGAAAAGACAACUUAUCAACGGCAUUAUGGCUACAAGUAUUGAUGUAGCACAAGCUUUGCAAGAUGGAACCUGCACGCUGCAACCAAACGGCAAAUAUCUCUGCGUCUGUAAUACAGAGCUCUUGAAAGCUUCCAUUAAGAGACACCUUGCUUCUAAAAGACACUUAGAAAAGUUGCAGGCUUUGCAAGAUGGAACGUGCACGCUGCAACCGAACGGCAAAUAUCUUUGCGUCUGCAAUGCAGAGCUCAUGAAAACUUCCAUAAAGAAACACCUUACUUCAAACAAACACUUAGAAAAGGUGUCUAGGCAAGCUGUACGUGGACCAAGCCGCCCUGGGAAGGAUUCGAACACAAACCACUUGGAGAAAACAAGGAAAAUGACCCACAGUAUGCUAGCCCCACAGAGUGAAGUUGCACAGGCUUUGCAAGAUGGGACGCUCACGCUGCAGCCCAACGGUAAAUACUUCUGCGUCUGCAAAUCAGAAAUCGUGAAAUCUUCCAUAAAUAAGCAUCUUGCUUCUGCUAAACACAAGAUGGUUACACAGAAGCUUCUCGAAGAGACGAAAAAUAGAAGUGACGAAAAGCAGGCUCUGCAAGAUGGAACGUGCACGCUGCAACCGAACGGCAAAUAUCUUUGCGUCUGCAAUGCAGAGCUCGUAAAAGCUUCCAUAAAGAAACACCUUACUUCAAAGAAACACUUAGAAAAGGUGUCUAGGCAAGCUGUACGUGGACCAAGCCGCCCUGGGAAGGAUUCGAACACAAACCACUUGGAGAAAACAAGGAAAAUGACCCACAGUAUGCUAGCCCCACAGAGUGAAGUUGCACAGGCUUUGCAAGAUGGGACGCUCACGCUGCAAUCAAACGGUAAAUACCUCUGCGUCUGCAAAUCAGAAAUCGUGAAAUCUUCCAUAAAUAAGCAUCUUGCUUCUGCUAAACACAAGCUAUCUCUCUCGACAUCGACUGAACCAUACCGUAUGGCUUCUCAACCUCGGGGUAACGUCUACAUCUUCAACUACAAAUUCACAGGAAAGCAUAAUUACCGCAGUGGAGCUGAACACGACUCUGAAACCAUCCAAGCCACGUUCACCAACAUGGGUUAUCGGGUAUUUACCAAAGAAGACUUGUCCAGAAGAGCGACUUUGAUGGAGCUGAAACUCAUUAGAGAUGAAGAGAGCACUAGAGACGUCGACAGCAUGAUCAUGUUCAUUCUAAGCCACGGAAAAGGUGUUCGCGACUUCCUUACUGAGGACGGGCUCAGUCUGUGCCUUUCCAGAAUCCAUCAAAUGUUCACGGACGCGCAGUGUCCAGCACUCCGAGGGAAACCUAAGAUCUUCUUCACGAACUUCUGUCGCAAAGGCGUUUUCGAAACAUGUCCAGUUUUCGAAUCGUCGGACCCUCCAAGGGACAUGGUAACCAUCCACGCCGCCGGGGAGGGAAUCGACGCCCUUCGCAACACCGCCUUUGGAACAUACUUCAUCCGCAACCUGUGCCAGGUGCUGCAGGAACACGCCGGCGAGAAGAGCCUUCGGGAAAUCUACUUGGAACUGGACCGAAGUGCAGCCGAGAGAGGGGGGACGCAACCCAUGUGGGAGGAUUUCGUCUUUCGGAAUUUUUACUUCAGUCCUACGAAGUCAAACACGAAGACAUCGGGCAUGAAGAGAGAUGAUAAUUGUAGGUAAAAAAACGUUCACUUAGCACGAGUCACCUGAAUUUUUGCAUUUAUGAUAAGAUUAGAUAAUGCAUAUAAAACGAACGUGUAUAAUAUUUUUUUCUGUUCACUGAUCAUAAGUGCUACUUUCCCAUAAUCAUUUGAUAAUGGAUGAGGAAGGUGACAUUUUGGCUCACUCAUCCCGGCUCCCCACGAGCGCCUUUCGCCAGCGACGAUGGGGGUGAAGACAGGGAGAGCUCUUACUGUUUUAGUCAAUUUUGUUUCUGCUAUAGCUUUUUGUUUUUGUUUUUCGGCUUUGCAAUUUUACUUGCAGGUUUGUAUUUUUAUUUAUCUCGGUCAGACAACUGUUGUCCUUAAGUUGAUUAUCUUAGUUUACUCAUCUCCUCUUUUUCGACCUAUUAUUUUUGCAGUACUUUAUGAGCAUUUUUGUUUCAUCCUCUGGACUCUGGACCAUAGGCUAGUAUGGGAUGUGAUGCUUUUCGUUUAUUAAAAUUGGAAACACGUUUGUAACUUGUCGUGAUUCAUGACGUCACCAAGGCUAUAUAUACUGUUAGAAAAAGCGCGAAUUACACUCAGUCUGGACCAGU